AUGUCACGGCGUCAAGGCCCUAACUACGCUGAGCUAGAAGCUGGAAACUACGAGGACGAGUUCGUUUCGUCCGGAGACUCCAGUGUCACUGAUUAUUCAGAUUAUGAAGCCGAGAAGAAAAAGUCCCGUGCAAAAGGCAAAAAGGCCAAGCAGGCAGUGAGGAAGAUCAAGAAACAGAAGGACGAUAAGGAGUUUAGUGAAGACGAGUUGAUAACCAUAAAUUUGGACAGGCCUCCAGAUUUCGUUCCUGAUACCGUAUCAAAUCUUUUCGGACGAGCGGAUUUCACAUAUCUGAAGCUGAAGCCAGAUCAUGCAUCCAGACCCAUUUGGAUCUCUCCUACGGAUGGAAAGAUCAUCCUAGAAAGUUUCUCGCCUCUCUCAGAACAGGCCCAGGAUUUCCUGGUAACGAUUGCCGAGCCAAUCAGCAGACCUAGUUUCAUCCACGAAUACCGUAUCACCACUCAUUCGUUGUAUGCUGCUGUUUCUGUUGGUUUGGAAACAGAUGAUAUAAUCUCUGUGUUGAACAGGCUUUCGAAAGUUCCAGUGGCUCCUUCCGUGGUGAACUUUAUCAAGAGCGCCACCCUGUCUUACGGUAAAGUCAAGCUUGUUUUAAAGCACAACAGAUACUUUGUGGAGAGUUCACAGGCUGAGAUCUUGCAGAUGUUGCUAAAGGAUGAAGUUAUUGGUGCUCUGCGUAUCCAAUCGGAAACCACAACCACUACGAGUGAUGGUCUGGUUCAGACAAAAGCGCCAUCUCAAGGUGACUUGGUCAUUCCAGGAACAAAGAAACCCGAUGGAACGUAUGUAAAUGCGGAACCAGCAAAAACUGAUGAUGUUGAGGAUAUCUUUGCCAAUGUCAUUGGCGAAGGAGAUGAUGAUGACGACGACCUCGACACAGUCCAUUCCUUCGAGAUCUCCGCUGGAUCUGUCGAGACCGUGAAAAAACGGUGCCAGGAAAUUGACUAUCCAAUGCUGGAGGAGUAUGACUUCAGAAAUGAUACCCGGAACCCAAACUUGGACAUCGACUUGAAACCAUCCACGCAGAUCCGUCCGUACCAGGAGAAAUCUUUGAGUAAGAUGUUUGGAAACGGACGUGCUAGAUCAGGCAUUAUCGUACUUCCCUGUGGUGCAGGUAAGACGCUGGUAGGAAUCACAGCGGCAUGUACCAUCAGGAAGUCUGUGAUUGUUUUGUGUACGUCUUCUGUGUCAGUGAUGCAAUGGAGACAGCAGUUCUUACAAUGGUGUACAAUUCAACCCGAGAACGUUGCUGUAUUCACAUCAGAGAGCAAAGAGAUGUUUUCAGGUGAUGCUGGUCUCGUGGUAUCUACCUAUUCCAUGGUGGCUAACACAAGAAACAGAUCCCACGAUGCGCAAAAGGUGAUGGAUUUUCUCACUUCCCGAGAAUGGGGUUUCAUCAUUUUAGAUGAGGUUCAUGUUGUACCUGCUGCGAUGUUCAGAAGGGUUGUGACUACAAUUGCUGCACACGCAAAGCUCGGUUUAACUGCUACCCUUGUUCGUGAAGAUGAAAAAAUUUCGGAUCUGAACUUCUUGAUUGGACCCAAAUUGUACGAAGCAAAUUGGAUGGAACUGGCACAGAAGGGACAUAUCGCCAAUGUACAGUGUGCAGAGGUAUGGUGCCCAAUGACUUCUGAGUUCUAUCAGGAAUAUCUCCGUGAGAAGUCUAGAAAGAGGAUGUUGCUGUAUAUAAUGAACCCCACAAAGUUCCAGGCGUGCCAGUUUUUGAUCCAUUAUCACGAAAACAGAGGAGACAAGAUUAUCGUCUUUUCCGACAAUGUUUAUGCUUUGCAAGAGUACGCCUUGAAGCUAGGUAAACCAUUCAUUUACGGUUCUACACCUCAGCAGGAGAGAAUGAACAUUUUGCAGAACUUCCAAUACAAUGACCAGGUGAACACAAUUUUCCUCUCCAAAGUUGGUGACACGUCUAUUGAUCUCCCUGAAGCUACCUGUUUGAUCCAGAUUUCGUCCCACUACGGCUCGAGACGUCAAGAAGCACAGAGACUUGGUCGGAUUCUGCGUGCAAAAAGAAGAAACGAUGAAGGUUUCAACGCUUUCUUCUAUUCGUUAGUCUCGAAAGAUACCCAGGAGAUGUACUAUUCCACAAAGAGACAGGCUUUUCUGGUGGAUCAGGGUUAUGCUUUCAAGGUUAUCACCCAUCUCCACGGAAUGGAGAAUCUGCCCAACUUGGCAUAUUCUACCUCCAAAGAAAGGCGAGAGCUUCUUCAGGAAAUUUUGCUGAAGAACGAAGAUGCCGCAGGCAUAGAGUAUGGCGAAGACUCAGAGAAUCUGGUCGGGGGAGGUGUUGAUAAGCGGGCAAGAUUCAAUGCCUCAAGGACUGUUGGAUCGCUUGCAAGUUUGGCAGGUGGUGAGGAUAUGGCCUACGUUGAGCACAGUAAGAAUAGGAACAAAGAGUUGCACCAUCCUUUCUUCCAAAAGACAUUGUAUAAUAAGAAGAAGAAGUGA